GCCUACUACUACCGACACCCCUGCGAGUUCGAGACAAUUAUCCCGACAUGUGCAGUCAGUUCCAGCUGAAGCAUGAAGCCACCUACUCACAACAUCCUAACUUGGUCCAGUACUUUCUUCCAUUCACUGAUGCUGAGUUUCAGGAGCGGCUGGAACAACACAAGGGAGAGAUCGCCAUCAUGCUAAGGUCGUCGGAGUUCAAUCAAGACAAAACUGCCUUGAUUGUGACUAACAACCCGCUUCCUCUCUUCAUAUCCGGACAACAGCUUUCAACACCUUUCCAGUUUUUCCCUGAAGACAUAAGGAGGAAAAGCCAACCUGAUUCGGACCACUUACCCCCAGUGCAAGCCCAAAAGAGCCAACUGAGUCCCAGCAUCAGGAAGCUGAGGAAACCUGCAGAAUUCAGGUUCUCCAGAGAUCAGGAUUUCACCAGCGAAGCCCAUUUCUCAAAGAAUUACGCGGAGAGGCGCUUGCUGAGAAUGUACCCCCACCUCCGUAAGCACAUGAGGCUUGGUACAAACGAAAUGGAACCGCUCCCCAGUAUCCAAGGCUGGUCCCCAAAAGUAACGCAUUGGGAGCCUCUGACCAUCUCGUGCUUGACGGAGACAAGGCGCACGAUUAAUGUACCAGGAGAAGAUGGCUUCAGGUAUGGGAGAGCCCCACUCUGGAUCGUCGACAGCUCAGUUGUACCUAAAUAUGCCAAAUAAAAGCCUUCUGCUGACUCUGCAAA